AACGGCGUCCCAGCUCCAUCGUUGUGUGCGUGUAAUUAAAGGUCAAAGAAGGCUAAGAAAAAAAGGGUGUCCAGUCUUUCUACAAUGGCAGAAGGUGGAGAUGUGGACUGGGAGCUCAGCAAAGAAAACAUCCAGCCUCUGAGGCGGGGCAGAGAUAUAUCUGCUUUAAGUCAGGCCCUCAGUCAGCAACAAGAUGGACCUACCUCUGCAAUCAACCAACAGAGGCAGGCCUUUGAGUCUGAACUUCGGAUAUACGAUGGAGACGAUCCACUCAGUGUUUGGGAUCGGUAUAUUAAGUGGACAGAGCAAACCUUCCCUCAGGGAGGGAAAGAAAGCAACCUCGCCACACUGCUGGAACGGGCUGUAACCAGAUUCUCAGAGGAAAAAGAUUAUUACAACGAUCCUCGCUAUGUUGAAUUCUGGAUUAAAUUUGCAGAGAACUGCUCGGAGCCCCUGGAUAUUUACAGGUACAUGCAAGCUCAAGGAAUUGGAGUGACUCAGGCGGCCUUUUACAUCGCCUGGUCUGAAGAGCACGAGAAUCAAGGCAAUUACCAAAAAGCUGACCUUGUUUAUCAAGAGGGGUUGAAGAAGUUUGCUGAGCCACAUGAUAGGCUCCUCCAGUUUCACAAGGCUUUGCAGGCUCGUGUAUCCCGCCAGGCUGUGUUAAACAUGGAGAAAGACUGUAGCGAUGAAGAGACAAAACAAACAGAGAGGGUUUCUCUAGCUGCCCUCAAACAUAGAGGGAAGAAAAAGGCCGUCGCUCCUGUCAUCAGAACUGGACCAGCAAUCAAAGGUGUUUCUGGAGGCCUGCAGUCGCACAGCGUCCCUGUCCUCAAAGUUUCGAACAGUCGGCUGGUGAUUUUUGAUGAGAACAAAACUGAAGGUGCUGGUCCAUCAGAGCCCAGGUUGGAAUCUUGGGCGGUUCCUCCCACAUCCAGGGCAAAGGAGAAUGAACCAAAGCUCGAAAAAUGGUGCGACGUUAAGAUUCCCCAGAAAACUAAAUAUGGGUGUACAGUUAUGGCUCCACCACCAGCAAAACCCACCUUUCAACCAUUUGUUGAGGAGUCAGACCAGCUCCCAACCAUGACACCGUGUAAAAUCAACCCGGCAGUGAACACGGUUCUGUCGGCGCGUAAGCCGAGCAGAGACGAAACUCCCCUGAAGAGACUGCAGGACCAGCAGCAGCAGCACAAGGAGGCGGAAGCAGGGAAGCUUCAGGAGCAGAGCAUGUACUGUAAGGAGCUGCUGCUCAGCGGCGCCACCGAGUUCUGCUUCGAGGAACUGCGGGCUGAACGCCACUUCAAAAAGACUGCACAGGAGCUGCAGGAAGCUGGAAGGGAGGAAAGUCAAGCUAAUUAAAAAAAAACAGUUUUAGCAUUCAUUUUGACAGGUAUCAUGUCACAACUGUUCGUGUAUAGUUCGUUGUUCAGCUGUAAAUAUUGCUUUUGUAUCGAAGACAAACUGAGAAAAGCUCAAUUCAGGACACAUGAAUAUAAAAAGUGCACCGUUUAUUAAAAAAUCUACAAAGUGUAACAAAACUUCUAAAGCUCCAGACUUCCAAAGUAUUGUAGACGUAA